AAGCAGUCAACGAAUUAAAAAUGAAGAUUUAUUUAUUGUAAGUUCUUCUUAUUACAUAGAAUAUACAUAGAGAUAGUACAGCUUGUGUAAUUAUGUCGUCAAAACAGAUUGACAACAUGGAUUGCAAGAUCUAUGUGGGAAACUUGAAUUAUUCAACAACCCGGGAUGAUUUGGAGGACGUUUUCCUCUAUUACGGACCAAUCAGGAACGUGUGGGUGGCUCGAAACCCACCUGGAUUUGCAUUUGUGGAGUUUGAAGAUAAAAGGGACGCUCAAGAUGCGGCCCACAAGUCGGAUGGAAAGGUUAUACGUGGGCAUAGGGUGCGAGUAGAAAGGGCCCGUGUUAUGCCCAGGUCCCGGAUCAGUGGAUAUCCUAGUUUGAUAUCAUCCGACCGCUGUUUUAAUUGUGAUAAACGCGGUCACUACGCAAGGAACUGUCCCAGAGGUCCUCAGCUGAGACGAGCUUCCUAUGAAGAGCGGGGACGCCGAAGGUCGUCCAGAGACAGGAGGUCACGGUCAAGGUCGUCCAGGGAGAGGAGGUCAAGGUCGCCCAGGGAAAGAAGGUCAAGGUCGCCCAGGGAGAGGAGGUCAAGGUCAUCCAGGGACAGGAGGUCAAGGUCCCGAUCUGAGAGGAGCAGGAGUGAAUCUAGGUCACGCUCUCGGUCUACAAGUAAAUAGGAUGUAAUUUGUUAAUUAUUUGAUACCCACGUCACUUGUACUAAAUAACAAUAUAUGUUACAAUUCA